AUGUUUCUCAAACUUGAUAUGAAGGUUUCCCCUGUGUCAGCAUCAACGUCCUCUUGCGUCUACAAACCUGCUAUAACAGCCAAAUACCCUUCGACCAAAGAAACCACCAACUAUGCCCGUAUCUGCAGAGUGGUGGUGGAUGUGAUCCCUGACGUCUUCAGACAGUUACUGUUCUCCUGGCUGCCAGUAUCAGGACUUACAUCUGUACUAAUCAAUCAAAGGGAUCAGAUUUUCAACCUGUUGAACAAUCAGCAGAAGAAGAUUAUUUACCCUCGAGGUGGAAUGUUUCAAGGAACUACGAAGGAUUUUGACAUAUCCCUUCUUUAUAUCCUUUUAAGAAAUUUAGGAAAUAUUCAACCUCAUCGAAAAGGUUGGGGCCAGGUUCCUGAUAAAGCAGAUCGGUCGCUGUCAGCUAACAUUGAACGCCUUCGAAUUCAGAGAAAUGACGCGUAUGGACAUGCAAAGUCCGCCUCUCUCUCUGAUGUUGAUUUUCAGGCGAGGUGGACUGACAUCCGCCAGAGUAUUGAAGAUCUACAGAAUGGUGGUCAUAUCAAGGGGGAGGUUGUGGCGGCUAUGAAUAACAUAGAAACCAUGAGGAUGGACCCCAGUACAGAGAGCAAUUUUAUAGCUCUGGUAAAGGAGAUGGAAGGGGAAAUUGGUGACAUCAAAGAUCAGAUGACAACAGAUAGGGAUAACGUAAGAGGAGAGAUUGGUGACAUCAAAGAUCUGAUGACAAUAGAUAGGGAUACCGUGAGAGGAGAGAUUGGUGACAUCAAAGAUCUGAUGACAAUAGAUAGGGAUACCGUAAGAGGAGAGAUUGGUGACAUCAAAGAUCAGAUGACAAUAGAUAGGGAUACCGUAAGAGGAAGGGAUCCUAAGUUGAAAGCUUUGAUAGAAACGACAAGACUAACAACCAUUGAUCAAACCUCAAAACCAGAGGUGAUCUCUACACAAGCCCUGGAAGACGCUAAAGAAAUGAUCAGAAAGAACAGCAUUGUCCUCAUCAAGGGUGCCUCAGGGGAUGGGAAGACUUUGAUGGGUUACCAACUGUUGAAGUGGCUAAUGGACGGCGAUAAUAAGGAUACCAGACCGUCAAAGGAUCCUGUGCAGCUUCACAGCAUGGCCAAAUGGGAUAAAAUUGUAAAGCCAAACACACAAUUAGCUGUCUAUAUUGAUGACAUUAGUUGGGAAAUCGCUGAAGAAUUAAAGAAAAGGGAAGUCUCCAUUCAGUCGACAUUUUGUGGGAAACUCAAUAAUAGAUCAAAUUGUUUGAUACUAAAUGUUCGAGAGGAAAUUUUCAAAAGCACACAAUUAUCUUCAUGUGAAUUAUUCAAACAAAAUAUCAUUGAUUUGAGAGGUAAAAACUGCAUAACAAUCACAGAAAAACAGCUUAUGUUAGAAAGGUAUGUUCCAGAAAUCAUAACCUUUCCUGGUGGAAAGGAAUCUGAAAUCAUCAAGCUUGCCCCAGAUAUAGGAUUUCCGCAGUGUUGUCGACUGUAUAGGGAUGUUCCCAGCUUACAAAAAGAGGGGGUUAACUUCUUCAAACAACCCUUUCAUUUCAUGGAAACAACCUUGAAGAAAUUACCAAAGGAACACUUUUCUGCACUUCUGUUUCUCUUCCUCAAUGAGGGGAGCGUUAAGAAAGGAGAUUUAGAUCCUAAAAACAAUGAAAGUGUUAGACAAGGAAAAGCUUGAUGAAGCUUUCCAGGGAAAUCAACUUGAUCAUGCAGACAAAAUCAGAUCUUUGCAGAACAGUUUAGAUGUAAUGUUUGGAUCUCUGGUUGCAAAAACAAAAUAUCAUACUUUUUAUGAUGAUGAUGAUGAUGAUUCAAUUUACAAAUUUCAUCAUGAUUCUGUUCAGGACACAGUUGCUCUUUUGUAUGGCAAGGACAACAAAAAUAGGUUUAUAGAAAAUUGUCCCCGAAAGCUCCUGUACUACAUAUCAACAUCAAAAUCCACAGCUAACAAAGUAGUUAUAUCAUCAAGUAGUGAACACAUGUAUGACCGUGUUAUCAGAGAGUGUAAAUCUGACAUCCAACAUCACUGGGAUCUUAGUACAUCUCACUUAGCCCAACAUCACUUCGAUCUUAGUAUGACUGUCUUUGCCCAACUUUACAUGGAUCCAAACAUAUUUAUAUCUGACUAUGAAUCUGGCUAUCCUGACUGUUACUGGUAUUCUAGUGAAUGGAAAUAUUUAGCGACACUAGACGUAUGGACAGACACCUUGUUUCUACAGGGAUUCAUCAGCUGGCUAAACGGUAAGGACGAUGACCAAGACCUGUGCGACCGGAUAAAACUUGCAUUGUUCCAUGUCUCGAAUCACUUGUCUGUAGAUGUGACACCAUUUAGUGUAGUGAAGACUGGGAAUGUUCAACUACUGAGUGAACUGUUGAAAUAUGACGUCAUUCCUACAGCGAGGGCAAACUGGUCACUAUCAUCACUUGAUAUUUACAAUAUCAAUGUCUUACACGAGGCGUGUUUAUUUGAGCGAGAAGAGAUGGUGACCAUGUUGUGCGAAGCUUGUCCAGAUUUGGUACAUGCCACUGAUGACUUUAGGCGACGAUCACUCCAUCAUGUGGCAAUAACAGGAAACUGUGGUAUAUUUUCGACAGUGGAGAGAACGGUACUUAAAUCCUUGUGUAGAGAUCAAGUACAACAUAAGUGCGAGUCAGUAGAGAGUCGUAUGGUACAUAGGAGUUGUGAGUGUGGACAGUAUAUGUCACAGUUAGUGGACGGGGAAGGGAAGACAGUAUUACAUUAUAGUUGUAAGGAGGGACACAGGGAGCUUAGUUUAUACCUCUGUAAGUGUUAUCCUGCACUAACCACAUCUGUAGAUAACGACGGGAAGACAAUAUUGCAUCAUAGUUGUGCGAGCGGAAACAAGGAGCUUAGUUUAGAGCUGUGUAAGUCUUGUUCAGCACUAAUCAGAGUUGUAGAUAAACGCGAUAUGACAGCAUUACAUUGGAGUUGCAAGUAUGGACACAAGGAGCUAAGUUUAGAGCUGUGGACAUUUUAUCAAGCACUAACCACAGCUGAAGAUAAGAAUGGCAAGUGGACAAUAUUACAUUUUAGUUGUAGUGGCGGACACAGGGAACUUAGUUUAGCGCUGUGUAAGUUGGACCCAGCACUAACUACAGCUGUAGAAAGCCGUGGGUAUAAUUGUCUACAUUGUAUAGCCAAAUGGACAUCAGAUGUAGACAUGUUCACUGAUUGUGAACUUCAUGUAAAACAGUACAUAGAGACAAAAGGGGAUAAGUAUGACAUCAAAACAAUACUUACUAAUGAAGGGGAAUCUGUUUUAGACCUGGCAAAGGAGUGGACAGUGAGGAAGGAGUUACGUUACAACCCUUUGUAUGAGCAUCUUGUCAAAGUCUUUGCUAAAUAAAUAAUUUCAUAUUUGGACAAAACGCUGAGGAAAGCUUUUGUAGGAUCACCAAGUUUAUUUAUUUGGAAACAUUAACUUUUAUAACGUGGUGUAGAAAUAAAGAUAAAGUUGAAGAAAACAAACAAAAGACGGCAGUUUUAGAAGUUUUCUUUGGCGAUAGGGGGUGUCAUAAAGGAAAGGUCCUAUCGAGUGAAAAGGAGGUGGUGAUACUAAUAACUGCCUGGUAGAGACACAGACUGGAGGGUACUGUAGGGCCAUCACAGACUGGAGGGUAGGGUAGGGCCCAACACAGACUUGAGGGUAAGGUAGGGCCAACACAGACUGGAGAGUAGGGUAGGGCCAAACACAGACUGGAGGGUACGGUAGGGCCCAACACAGACUGGAGGGUACGGUAGGGUCCAACGCAGACUGGAGGGUACGGUAGGGCCCAACACAGACUGGAGGGUACGGUAGGGCCCAACACAGACUAUAGGGUACGGUAGGACCCAUCACAGACUUGAGGGUUCGGUAGGGCCCAACACAGACUGGAGGUACGAUAGGGUCCAACACAGACCGGAGGGCACGGUAGGGCCCAACACAGACUUGAGGUCACGGUAGGGCCCCAUACAUACUGGAGGGUACGGUAGGGCCCAACACAGACUGGAGGGUACGGUAGAGCCCAACACAGACUGGAGGGUAGGGUAGGGCCCAACACAGACUGGAGGGUACGGUAGGGCCCAACACAGACUGGAGGGUACGGUAGGGCCCAACACAGACUGGAGGGUACGGUAGGACCCAUCACAGACUUGAGGGUUCAGUAGGACCCAUCACAGACUUGAGGGUUCGGUAGGGCCCAACACAGACUGGAGGUACGAUAGGGUCCAACACAGACCGGAGGGCACGGUAGGGCCCAACACAGACUGGAGGGCACGGUAGGGAUCUAGGGAACCACUCAUGCCUUUAUCUUUAUUCCAUGUCAUAUUAUAAUGCAAGUACAUUUGUAUUAACUCAUUAGCUGAAUAUUUACUAUAAAGAAGUGGAAAUUGUUUUAGUACAAAAUAUUUUUUUGUGGCCAACCACAUCAUUAGAAUGACAUUACUGUAAAUUGUAUAAUGGUUCACUCCAUUACAAACAUUAUCAAAUUAAUCAUCAUCACAUCAUUUUCAGAUAUUUUACAGGCUGCUAUGUCCUGUUUUUUAUGUAAUUAUUAUUAUCCUCUUUUUUCUUUCUUUGCGAAUUGAUACCUAGACAAAAUGUUGAUAUUAGUAAUAAGAUACAUUUCUGUUGAUAUGUAUUAUUUUUUAAUCCUAAAAACUAUUUGUAUUGAUAAUUCAAAGUGAUACAUUAGAAAGAGGAUGACUUUCAUAACAAAAAAUAUCAUUUAUCAAAAAUUCAUUUAAGAUAAAAUCCUGAAGUUUGUGUCUGAUACACUUCUCGUAUUUAGGUGCUGUGAAACGGCAACCUUCAGCUGCCAUCGCCAAAUUUUCCUAGAACAAAAUUGUUCGGAACUCUCGGGUCAAUAAAAAAUGACGCUUAUUUCAAUGAAAAAUCCCGAUUAGAUCAACAGAGAUUUUAAAUGUUUGAAGACACUUGUCGAAUUAAAAUGAAUUAUAGAAAAAACAGGUUUAAUCGUACACAAUGACCUGUUUUAUUCUUGAGUUUUCGGAACUAUUUUCUGUGCAAAUUAUUACGCUUGCUUCCUGGUUUAUUCCAGGGGAGGUAGCUCGUGUACACUUUAGUUGAUGCGACAUUAGAUAGAAAGUCACAUCGAGCUCUAGGAUUUAAAAAAAAAAAAAAAACAGUCGGCCGUCGACUGUUUUUAGUCUCAAAUUUUUCAAUUUCAAAAAGUGAAAUCUCCAAUUGUUUUGAUAUUUGAUACUUAAAAUGAAAAUAUAGAACUUCUGAUAAGUUCGUCAUUUCCAAGCAAUAGACCAUACAAAAUGGUGGUUUAGCUGGUUGAAACGAGAUUGUUUUCGCAACAGAGAUUCUGAUAGUAUUGAAGUGAUUGCAUGUUUUAAUUCAGUCGACAGUGAAAUGCUUGCACAAAGUAUAUAUCAUGAACGUGCGAUACAACAAGCCACAGGAACUGAUAAGUUAGGCCAAUUUAUCGGGAAUAAAUCAAAUUUCCGAGAGGAGUUUCUUCACUUAGAAACAUGACGGACACCACGCAUUAAUUGAUCUAAGAAUUAUACUUAAUUAUAGUAUGCCAAUUCAAGUGAGGUUUAAUAACGUUACUCUUCACCCAUAGAAAACCAUCAAUACAACAAUCACUGAAUUAGAAAUUCAAAUAAAAAGAAUAUGUUCUUAUUUCGUGCCAUUUGAUAUUUAUACACUACUUACUUUUCAUUCCCUCAUGAACAGCACCUAUGAGUGGCCUUGGCGCUUUGAUAUCUAUUUUUGUUUGUUUGGGUUUCUAUAUUUGAUAUAUAUACUACUUGCUUUUCUCCUUUAUUUCAUUCUCUCAUGUACAGUAACUAUUAGUGGCUUUUGCGCUUUGAUAUCUAUUUUGGAUUUCUAUAUUUAAUAUAUAUUCUAUGUUUAGAAAACCUCUUUGUUUAAAAAAAACAACCUUAUACAGCAAUAUAUUGUUUUACAAUAUCAAUAUUGGUAGCGAGUACUGGCUUAUAUGUAUGUUCUUCCAUUAAGAAAGAUAAGUCUCUUAAGAAAUAUCCGAAAUCACUGUUACCAGGAACAGAGCAAUGAGACUGAGUUAUAACAUCAAUUUUGUUACCUGGUACUGGCUUUACUAGAAAUCACUGUGAUACCGGGAACAGAGCAAUGAGACUGAGUUAUAACAUCAAUUUUGUUACCUGGUACUGGCUUUACUAGAAAUCACUGUGAUACCAGGAACAGAGCAAUGAGACUGAGUUAUAACAUCAAUAUUGGUACCUGGUACUGACUUUACUAGAAAUCACUGUGAUACCAGGAACAGAGCAAUAAGACUGAGUUAUAACAUCAAUAUUGGUUCCUGGUACUGGCUUUACUAGAAAUCACUGUGAUACCAGGAUCAGAGCUAACAUCAAUAAUGUUACCUGGUACUGACUUUACUAGAAAUCACUGUGAUACCAGGAACAAAACAGGGAGACUGAGUGUGAUUAUUGACAGAAAACAUAAAUACAUAUUUAUAUGUAAGUUUUAAUUUGUUGUAUUUAUUCUUUUGUUACUUUUGUUUGUCGCUCUUUUUUCUGAAGGUAAUUCAAGUAGUUGUACAAUGUACGUGUAGUGUCGAAAUUUAUUUGAUCAGCUCAUAACAUAGAACGUGACAUCUUCAUUUGUAAGGACACUUUUGAUUGGCUUAUAUAGUGGCGUAAUAAUUUUUAGAGAAAAGAGCCCAUCAAUACAAGUGGAUUUCAAAGGAAGUUUGUAUAGUAAAA